AUAAGAACUCGCCGCUACAUACAUGCCAGCGAUUAAUCUGCUUUCAGUCUCUCUCUGUUCAUCCUCGUUCUCCGCGCUUCAUCUUCAGAUUUCCUUUUCGACAUCACCAGUCAAUCGAAGCUCUUUUCACUUAUUUGAAGUUAUAGAGAAAGAUGUUGAAGCUUCACCCUUAAAAAACAAAACAGGAUAUUCAAUUUGGGAUGUGGAAGCAAGAGAUGAGCAAGUUACAUUCCAAAAGAGCUUACUUGCACCAUCAGAUUAUAGCAUGGAGGGAUCUGAGCAAUAUAGUUUUAUGGAACAUUGUCUUGCAUCAGUAGACAAACAGAAGCGGCCUUAGCUGAUUUUUUCGGCACAUCGGGUUCUUGGUUAAUCCUGACUAAUGAUAUGGCAUAGGAAGCUUUGCAAGAGUGUUACCUGAGUGCUCUUGUAAUUACACAUAGUAUUUUUUCCAAACGAAAACACGCUCCAACCUAAAGUGAUGGGCCCGUGCUUGCACGGGCAAUCCCAUCUAGUAAUAUAAACAAGAGUGGGCAUAAAACAAAUAAGGUGAUUUCAAAGACCUCCACCAUAUUUAUCGUUAUAACACUUAUCAACCUUGUGAUUUGUAAUGUUAUAUUAACCUUCCAUAUUAUGAUUUUUGCUAACAAUAUUAGUUUCAAUAUUUUUAAGUUUUACC